GUCAACUCCGAGUUUUAUAGAAACGGAGUUUCUGAAUUACAAUUCAUUUACUAUUAAAUAAUUUUAUAUAUUUUUUAAUCUAGUCUUAGUAUUAUAUUCUUAAUAAUAAUUCGGAAUUAAUUACUAAAACUACAAUGUUUAAAAAGUUUGAUGAAAAAGAUAGUGUCUCCAGUGUACAACAGUUAAAAUCAUCUGUACAGAAAGGAAUUCGUACAAAACUUCUAGACUCAUAUCCUUUUUUGGACAAAUAUAUAGACCAAAUUAUACCUAAAAAAGAUUCUUUUAGAUUAGUGAAAUGCCAUGACCAUAUCGAAAUAAUGGUAAACAGUGCAGGAGAGUUGUUAUUCUUUCGCCAGCGAGAAGGCCCUUGGAUGCCAACAUUGAAACUUCUUCACAAAUAUCCUUUCCUUAUGCCUCUUCAGCAAGUAGAUAAAGGAGCUAUUAAAUUUGUACUCAGUGGCGCAAAUAUCAUGUGUCCUGGUUUAACGUCAAAAGGAGCUCGCAUGACUCCUGCUCCAAAAGGAACUGUGGUUGCUGUAAUGGCAGAAGGUAAACAACAUGCUCUGGCAGUGGGAAUAACAACUCUGUCAACUGAUGACAUAGCCAAAGUCAACAAAGGUAUAGGUAUAGAAAAUUGUCAUUACUUAAAUGAUGGGCUGUGGCAAAUGAAAGCUGUAAAGUAAAAUAUAAGGAGUUAUAUGUAAAGAUGAAUAAAUUUUCCACUUUUAAUCAUUAUCAUUUAUUUAUUGAAAUCUUGAAAUCGUAGUUGUAUUACAACCUGCGCUCAUAAUAUUUUAUAUUAAAUGUCAA